AUGAACAUUACAGCAACCGUGCUGAAACAACUUAACAAAAUAAUAACUGCAGUCUCCGUACUGGCGGUGGAAGAAUAUGAAGAGUUACAGACCAGCUUACAGAUGGAGAAAGAUCUGCGGCACACAGCGGAGUCACUGGCGCAGGAGAUGUACAUUGAACAGAACCAGCUUAAACGCCAAAGCUGCCUCCUGCUCCAGAAUAGUGCCCCCGACCAGCGGCUCCUCACAGCUCUAGAGGAGAACGCAAAGUUAUCUCAUGUUCUGGAAGAGGAGAGAAUCCUCCAUCAGCUGAAGAGGAAAGAAAUGGACGACCAGCUGGAUGAAGCCAAGCUUAUAAAGGAGGUCCAGAGCCUGAAGAAACAACUGGAGAUCUUUGAAGAAGAGAAGAAAGAUCUCGAGACCAAGUUACAGAAUUCUGAGUCCAUUGUGAGGGAUCUAAGACAUUCAG